UUUGAUCUAUCUGCAGACACUCGUACGCUACUACUAACGCAAAAAAGGACCGACGAAUCCACUCAAGAAGGUCCAAAUUGUGGUGGCAGGAAAAAAAGCUCUACCAAAAAAAGGUUCCACAGGAGGUGAGCAGUUUGCAGGAGACUGAAAGACCAUGGCAGCCGAAAGCGUGAUUGAGCUCAGGGACUGGCUGUUCCUGCUUCUCCUUUGCCUGACUUUAUUGGUGGAAGUGCUGGAAUUUGCAGCAGCAACAGCUGCCAUCACCGAGGCAGCACUUGGGGAGGCAGAGCUUCAGGGUGAUGUUCCGUGUCCAUCAGCAUGUCGAUGUGACGAUGGCUUUAUUUACUGCAACGACCGCGGACUGAGCCUCAUACCACCUUUACCGUUAACAGCAGCUGUGCUCUAUUUACAAAAUAAUCGCAUUAAUAAUGCUGGCCUACCAACCUCCUUAGAACGGCGAAUGACUGUUCAAGUAGUUUAUCUCUAUGACAAUGAACUCGAUGACUUUCCAACACAUCUGCCUCCAUCACUACGUGAACUCCAUCUUCAGGACAACAACAUACGAACUUUGCCUCGUGCAGCUCUUGCACGUUUACCCUUGCUGGAGAAACUCCACAUGGAUGAUAAUUCAAUUUCGACUGUAAGCAUCGAAGACAAAGCAUUUGCGAAUAAUCCCCGACUACGACUUCUUUUCUUGUCACGCAACCACCUUUCAAGUAUACCAUCAGGGUUGCCAUCAUCACUAGAAGAGCUCAGAUUGGAUGACAAUCGAAUUUCUACAAUUCCAACACAUGCAUUCAGGGGACUUAACUCACUAAGACGUCUUUUUCUCGACGGGAACUUACUGGCUAAUCAACGUAUAGCUGAUGACACGUUUUCACGACUGUCUAAUUUAACAGAGCUCUCUUUGGUACGCAACUCUCUUCAGUCACCACCUUUAAACCUUCCUAGCAUGCACCUUCUUCGACUAUACCUACAGGAAAAUGCUAUGACUCACAUGCCAAGAGGGUCACUGGAUGGUAUGCAUAGGCUGCAGAAGCUUGAUUUGUCAGGCAACAACCUUACAACCCUUCCUAGGGGUUUGUUCAGGGACUUGGACAGCAUCUCGCAGCUACUUCUGCGGGCGAAUCCCUGGUAUUGUGGUUGCAACCUACGCUGGCUCCAUGACUGGUUGCAUAUCCGAGGUUCGUCAGUAACAGUGAGGGGUCUAACAUGCCACGGACCAGAAAAAGUCAGGGGCAAAUCACUUAGGGACCUCACAAGUCAAAUGGAGCAAUGCGAGGCAGCUGUGGAUGGAGCUGGAGGAGGUGCAGGAGCAGGGGGAGGUGAUGGACCUAAAAAAGACAAAGGGGAUUCUCCGACUGAAACCCCAACCACAACAACCCUUACAGUUCCCCAGGGUUCUCUCUUCACACUCAGGUCCAGACGACCCGUACACAGAUACCCUGACUUGAGACAGGACAAUUCUGCAGAGGGUGAGGGUGAGGAUGUUGGCAAAACUUUGUUGAUCAGUGUAAAGCCUUUAACUCCAGAGACAGCCCAUAUUACAUGGCAGGCUGCUCAACCAGCCUCAGCUUUCAGGCUGUCCUGGUUAAGACUAAGCAGUAACCCAGCCAUGGGAUCUAUUACAGAGACACUCGUCCCUGGAGACCGCCGAGAGUAUUUACUCACUCAGUUACAACCACGGUCAAGUUAUAUUAUCUGCGUGGUGCCUCUUGUUGUCAGUAAAGGAAGGAGGACAGGAACAGGGGGGUUGAAUUUGAACACUGACUCAGAACAUGAACACCCUGCCUGUGCCAGAACAGAGACAGCAGAUCUUCAGAUUCAGCCUAGUGCUGACCAAGGUCAGGGUGAUCAAGGUACAGAUGAAUUAACUGUUUUACCCCUUGCAGGGAUUAUAGGUGGAGUGACUGCAUGCGUUUCCCUGUUCUUAAUUUUUGGGAUUUUCUGCUGGUAUGGACAUCGGGCAGGAUAUCUUACAGCUGAUGAUCAUACUGUCUAUGCGCGUGAUGUGGUUGGGACCCGUAGUGCUGUCAAGCAUUAUGAUGACUAUGUUGAAUCUGGUACCAUUAAGGACACUUCGAUCUUAGAGAUCGGAACACCUGGUUUCCAGAUGACACCACUGGCGGCCCAACAACCGCUGCAGCCAAAGGCAAAAGUCGAGGACAUGACGUACAUUCAUACUAUUUUUCCCUCAAACAAUACAACCCUUUACAGGAGCACCCUAAACCACACAGCAAACCCAAGCUACGGAACCAACCGUGGAUACAGAGAAGGUGGAAUACCAGAUAUAGAUUAUGCUUACACAUGAUAGCCUCUGUUAUAUCCCCUAUGUUUUCUGGCCACUAUCUUUAAGAUGAAGUAGCUGAGUAGGGCUUUGUUCAUUGUCUUAGGUUCCAAAGUAGGGGUGUGCCAACUCUUAUGUAGUCUAUGUAUCAUCGAUGUCCACAAUCUCAUAACUUUAAAAUGCUUGUUUUAAACAAAUCAAUUUUAAAAUUUACAUAAACGGUCUGUAGAAACAAUCCAUGAAAUCCAAAAUGUCUCCAAAUCCAUUGAAACCAGUGAAAACCAAAUUGCGUCCCAAACCACUCAAGGUACAAAGACAAAAACAAAACCAAUGCAUCUUCUGAAAGGGUUUUAAUAUUUGCAUUGAUUUAUUUUUUUUUUUUAGGGUUAUGCGAUACAGCUCAUCACAACCAUAUCAUUUCUAUGAAACAAGAUUGAUUACCAAAUGGCCUCGAUUUCAUACACGUAGUCAUAAAGCAGGUUUUCACAUGGCACACCCCUAGUCCAAUGUACCCUUUGUGCCUCCUCCAGUCUAUCUGUAAACCGUUACAAUUUGGGACAGUGAUUCCCUGGGAAAAAUCUAGAACAACAAAU